AGAUAUAGCAUGGGGAGAAAUGCCAGAUAUAGGUGAAGGGGAGGAAGGCAGCAAAUCACACUGCCACGUGUCUACCUAUGCAACUAUCUUGCAUGUUCUUCACAUGUACCCCAAAACCUAAAAUGCAAUAAAAAUAAAAUAAAAUAUAGGUUUUAGUGCUGCCUCAGGAUGUAAAGUAUAACAAGGGGGUGGGGUGGGCAGUUUGGGCCUCUGAGGCUUAUGUGUGCCUAGCUCCCCCCACAGCCAGCUCUGCAGUGGUCUGCUCCGGUGGAUUUGGGUUCCAAAUGGAAGGCUGCGUGUUCUCCUCUGCUUAUUGUUUCCCCAGUUGCUGUGGCGAUUGCCAGAGCAGCCUUAGCGCUGUGCAGAGCCCAGCUACCUCUCAGCCCUACUUAGGGUUGGUCCUGGUGGAGCUACGCAGGGUUGUGGCAGCACUGCCUCAAAAUAUGACAGCAGAUUCUAAUUCUUAUGGGUUUCCAUGGGAAUUCGUGAUAUGGGCAGCUAUUGUUGGAUUUUUUGCUGUUCCCAUUUUUUUGUGGAGAAGUUUGAGAUCGGUUAGGAGUCGGCUUUAUGUGAGAAGAGAGAAAAAGCUUGCCAGUGAGCUUUCUGAACUAAUUGACAAAAAAGGUAAACUACUUGAAAACCUUACCCUCAUUAAAAAAGAGCAUGAAGGCUGUGAAGUAGAGACAUCUUUAAAGGAGGCCAGCUUUGAGGAGGAGGCAGCAGAAGCACGAAGUUUGGAGGCAACAUGUGAAAAGCUGAGCAGGUCCAAUGAUGAACUUAAGGAUGAGAUACUUGGUCUCAAAAAAGAGUUAAAGGAACAGAAAUCAAAACGUUCUGAACAAAAGCAACUGAUGGCGGAUAUUUUAAAAACGAUACAGUCUCUAGAAGAUGAGUCAAAAUCCCUCAAAUCACAAGUAGCUGAAGCCAAAAUCAUCUUCAAGAUAUCUCAAAUGAAUGAAGAACGACUGAAGAUAGCAAUAAAAGAUGCCUUGAAUGAAAAUUCUCAACUUCAGGAAAGCCAGAAAGAGCUUUUGCAAGAAGUUGAAGUAUGGAAAGAACAAGUGAGUGAACUUAAUAAGCAGAAAAUAACAUUGGAAGACUCCAGAGUACACGCAGAGCAAGUUCUAAACGAUAAAGACACUCACAUCGAGACUCUGACUGAACGCUUGCUGAAGAUGAAAGACUGGGCUGCUGUGCUUGGAGAAGACAUAAUGGAAGAGGAGAACUUGAAAUUAGCAAUGAACACCGAAUCAGAAGAUGGUGCUAACUUAGAUCAUCCUCCAAAAGGAGCUUUGAAGAAACUGAUUCAUAAUGCUAAGUUAAACGCUUCUUUAAAAAUCUUGGAAGGAGAAAGAAACCAAAUUGAUUUUCAGUUAUCUGAAGUUGAAAAAACAAAGGAAGAGCUUACACAGUGUAUUAAAAAUCUUCAGACUCAACAAGCAUCUUUGCAGUCAGAAAAUACACAUUUAGAAAGUAAGAAUCAGAAGCUUCAACAGAAACUUAAAAUAAUGACUCAAUUCUAUCAAGAAAAUGAAAUGAGACUCUAUAGGAAAUUAACACUACAGGAGAACAGCCGGUUAAAGACAGAAGAGAAACUUUCUAAAGUGGACAAAAAGAUUGUCCAUGCCGCUGAGGAGCUGGAGACCUGUAGAAAGCGAGCCAAAGAUCUUGAAGAAGAAUUCAAGAGAACUACUCAUUACUAUCAGCGGUGGGCUACUGCCUAUGAGAAAAAAGCACAUCGUAAUUGGUUGGCUGCUCAGACUGCUGAGGGAAACCUCAAUGAUUUAAGGAAAGAAAAUGCUCACAGCAGACAAAAAUUAACUGAAAUAGAGUUUAAAUUUAAACUCUUAGCAAAAGAUCCUGAUGCAUUUGAUGUUCCAAAUAGGGCGUUUGGCAGAGAACAUUCCCCGUAUGGUCCCUCACCGAUGGGUGGACCUUCAUGUGAAAUGAGAGCUUUUCUCUGUCCUCCAACUUUGUUGGAGGGUCCACUCAGACUCUCACCUUUGCUUCCCGUGGGGAAAGGAAGAGGCUCAAGAGGCCCAGGGAAUCCUCUGCAUCAUCAGAGUACAAAUGAAAGAGGAGAAUCAACCUGUGGUAGGUUACCAGAUCUUCACAGGGCUCCUUCUGACACUGGGUUCCUGUCACCUCGGUGGGAACAGGAUCGUAGGAUGAUGUUUCCUCCACCAGGACACCAGGUCUACUGUGGUUGUAGACAAAUGCGAAAGUAACUUUAUGCUUAAUUAAAUAAAUUGUAGUUUAUUUUUAACAUAAAAAAAGAUUUAUGAGCUUCCUUUCUUCCUCUUCCAUCGUUCCCUGCCUCACCUUCGUAGAUGAUAGAGCUAGACCACCCUUCCAUAGCUGAACACCCUCCUUACUCCCUCCCUGCAAAACUUGCACACAGGCAGACCUAGAAUCCUCAAGACCACCAGAGUGGCUUUCUGGUACCACUCUUGCUAGACCAAAGAAAAGAUGUGGAGGGAAUUUUGCAUCUCAAUUCUUCAUAUCUUAGAUAGUGCUAAAUGAUCCAUAUGUUUUCUUAUAGUUGGAUGUGCAUGGAUUUACACAAACACACGCACACACAGAACACCCUCUCCAACCACUUUUUGUGUACUUUUCACAACUGCCCAGCAGAUGACAGCAAAGUGUCCUGAGGAACCACGUUUUCUAUAAUUCAGCUGUAGAGCUAGAAGCUAAAUUGCCCCUCUAGGUAUAGAACAGGCAAUAGGAGGAAAUGUUUUCUGUCCAGUUUCAUCUGAGGCCCAAAGACAAGAGAUGGCACAAAGACAAGAGUUGCACCCACGGCAGAGCAGCAGGAGGAGUCAGCCCCCGGCACAGGUAAUUAUUCAGGUAGAAUUUCGAUUCCUGCCCCCCAGCCCCCAGAGGAGUAUUCUGUGCCCAAUACUGUUUAUGAUUGCUUUCAAAUGGAUGAUAAAAAGCAGAUGGCAGUUUCUUAUUGCGGUAAACUUUUCGACAGACCAUGCUUCUCAUUGCCUGCACCAGAAGAGACCACUCCCACCACCCCUGUUCUUAUUUUGCCAUGGAGAUGGCAAUCACUCCCAAUUUACACAAUGAAACCCCAUUCACCCAAGUAGAAAUUAAGAAAACAGAGCAAAAAAUGGUUUUCUCAACCAGAUUAUAGAACUUUAAAGAUUGAGUAAGAGCAUAAGAGAUUGAAUAAGACUGAAGAAAGAGGAUUUUGUUAGAAACAGAAUGU